ACUCAUAAUUUGUUUUCUUUAUUGCAAAUUGGAACUCUUGGGUGUCUUAUGUCCAACCACAAAAACACAUCCUGUCAAAACCUCAGCGUUUCAAGGAGUAAAACAUCAAAUACAUAUGAAUCCGCGGCGUUUUAAACCAAAAUGGAAACAGGAGUAAUACAAUCCCCUCACAAGCAUUCACAGUUGAUAGUAUAACACAUCCAUCAAUGGAAGCAAAAGCCUCUAUCCUCUUCUCCAACUUCCAUACUUCAUUACUUGCUCCUUCACUCUCUAAAUUUCCAUUGUCAUCAAAGUCUCAAUUUUCUCUACUCAAUCUUAUUAUCUCUAAUUCCACCCUUUCAUGUCCACUCAAAGUUCCUAUCUUUUCUAUUAAAACACCAAUUAUCAAACCAACUUUUGAACUACAAUCUUCUGUUGAAGGAGUUGUUACAUUAGAGGAGACUUCCAAUGAAACCCAAGAAAAGAUUUUAAAGAGGAAAUUAUAUGUCGUUAAUCUACCUUGGUCUCUUUCUUCUGAUGGUUUGAAGAAUUUGUUUAGUGAAUGUGGUACUGUUAAAGAUGUGGAGCUUAUUAGAGGUAAAGAUGGGAGGAACAGAGGAUUUGGUUUUGUUACAAUGGGUUCUGGUGAAGAAGCUCAGGCUGUUAUUGACAAAUUUAAUUCCAAGGAAUUUUCAGGUAGGAUUAUCAAGGUGGAGUUUGCAAGGAGAUUAAAGAAGCCUCGACCUCAACCUGAAAUUGUUCUUCCUAUUAAGGAAACCCGCCAUAAACUUUAUGUAUCCAAUCUACAAUGGAAAGUGAGAUCCAAUCACCUCAGGGAAUUCUUUUCAUCUAAUUUCAAUCCUGUUUCCGCUAGGGUUAUUUUCGAGAGUAGUCCGUCAGGAAGAUCGGCAGGAUACGGUUUUGUCUCGUUUGACACAAGGGAGGAAGCCGAGGCUGCAAUCUCUUCUUUGGAUGGAAAGGAGCUAUUGGGUCGUCCAGUACGCCUGAAAUUCAGUGAGCAGAAAAGUGAAAGCGAAUCUACAAUAACCGAGGAAGCUGAAGAUAACCUGAAGGAAUCUUCUGGUGUGAUCGGUGAGAAAGAAGCAUCUGAAAAUCGACCAGACGAGGAAUAGAAGAAGGAAGUUAUUUGAUUUUGGGGGUACUCGUGAUAAGAUUAGAGCAAGCAAAGCUUCUUGUGUACAUUUAUGUUCCAUUCCAUCAAAUAUGUGUUCUGGACAUCUAUGUGAUCACCUUUAAGCUUAAUUUUUCUCAAAUUAAUAGUAACCUUAUGUCUUAACUAAGCUUAGUGUAGAAGCUUCAUAGGAAUACAGUAAGUGUAUAAUGCUCCAUCUUCUUUAUGAAUACCAGACUUGUUGCAAUAAGUAUAGCUAUACUCUGUUGUAUACUUAUUCCUUUGUAUGUGCAUUGUUGAGCCUUCUGUAGAAAUUGUUCUCAAGAAACUAGUCCCCUUUUAUAAUUA